AUGUCGUUACUGCCUUAAUUAGCUAUUGCAUGGACUGACGUUUCGACAGUUAGUUAGUGCUUUACCUGUGUAACAGCAGGCAGCAAAGUUUGUAGAGAUUUUGCCAAUGAACGAAGUGCCUAUUGCUGUGGAUCAGCAGAAAGUAAUAGAGCUUGUAAUGAUAGAGAUUUUUGUUCAAACAAUGUUGCAUCACUUUCUAUGUAAAUGUUUGCUUGCCCUUUUAAUUACAAUUACUGUGGCGGCUCUAGUUCUGUAAUUAAGCUCAGAGAUACUAAUCAAUACACUAUCAAUUUGGACUAUAACAAGAAUAGACAGUUUACAAAUUAAACUAUCUGCUAUUGGUAGUUAUCAGUUGACACCAGUGUGUUUGACUUGACGAAAUACCAAUACUUUAUCAAUGUUGAUGUGUAAUCAUACACAGGUCUCUACAUGCAUCUUAACAAUGGUACAUCUAUUAAAAGUUCAGGUGAUCACAUCUAAAUUAAUGGGAUUAACACUGGAACUAAUUACUCAUAUUCAGCAAUAAACAACACAGUGUACAUAAUUAUAGCAGCCUUCGAUCUAAAACCUAAUAUAAAUUUUACAUACAAGUUAUUCCGACUCAAUCCAACACAGUCAAACAUAAGCACGAAUAUAACUAUUCCUAAUGUCACCACUCCAAAUAUUACUACAAAUGUUAAUGUCACAGUCAAAUCUUCAAUCAACUUAGGAAAUCCCUAACCAGUAUAUGGAAUACUGGUGCUUAUGGCCUUAAUUGUCUGUGGUGUAAUUGUGUUUGUUGUAACAGACUGGAUCACUUCUGCCAAAAACCCUAAGGAAUAUGAGAUAUUUGAUGAACCUGCAGAAAAGCAAACUAAUAGAGAUUUUCAUGGUACCAAUAGAUUAUUUUUAACUAACGCUGAGGGAACAUUAGGAAAUGAGCACAAUAAUCAUAUAACAGAAAUGAAUCUUAUUGGUAAAGAGGAUGAUGAUGAAAUCAAAAUUGAGGAUACAUCUAUGUUCUAUUAGUAAGAGAGAAAUCUGACUACGGUUCAUGAUACAUCUACUAAUGCUAUUCUUAAUACAUACGAAAUAUAAAAGCAAAAAGCAUUUUCUAGAGUUCAUCCAAUCGAAAUAACACUUCCUUAAUCUUAAAUUGUACCCAAGUAUGAAGAUCCUAAAAUUUAAAGUAAAGCAUCUUUCUGGAGCAGAUUUAAAGGAAACAAAAACUCUAAAGCUUAAGAAAAUGUAAGAAGAUUUUCUAUUCUUGACUAAAACUCUGGAAUUAUGAUUCCAGUUAGUGUGCAAGACCCUCAAUUCAGGCUGAACAACGAAUAAAUAUAGGAUAUCAAGAAAAAAACCAAAUUCGGGGCGACAAGUACUGUAACUAUGCAAGUGACAGAUUCCAAACAAACUGGGAUUAAAAUAUUUGGAGAGAUGUAGUGA